AUGUCGCGGUCUGGACGGAUCCAAGACGAGUCUUUGCAGAAGCUCUUGGACAAGGCCUCCAAGUCCUCGAACGUGCAGAUUUUCAAAGGAGACAUUGGUAGUGAAGCAGACGUGGGAGAAGUUCUCGGGCAAGCGAACAAGACCCUGGCAACAGUGAAGGGCAUUUGGCAUGCUGCUGGGGUUUUGGAUGAUCAUCUGAUGGCCGAUUUGACAAUGGAGCACUUCGAGAAAGUGCUGCUCCCCAAGAUUACGGGCACUCUGAACCUACACAACUCCUCCGCAAACAAAGGCUUGGAGUCAAAGCUGCAGCAGUUUGUCCUUUUCUCCUCCGUUGCGGCCAUGAUCGGAACCGCCGGACAGGGCAACUACUGUGCUGCAAACGCGUUCAUGGACUCGUUUGCCAGCUAUCGUCUCGCGCGCAACCUCCCGGCUGUGUCUGUGCAGUGGGGCCCAUGGGCAGAGAUCGGCAUGGCCGCUCGCGCUGGUACUUCCGAAAGUGUGGUGCUUCGUAUCGGUUUGGCCGACGGCCUGAAAGCCAUGGAGACUAUUCUGGGUGCACAGCUUGGUGGCCACCUGAGUGGAGCGGCGGCUGUGGCUGGAGUGGCCCGCAUCAAGUGGCGCUCCUUCCUGUCGCAGCUUCCAGAGGUUCCGUCCUUCCUGGAGAACUUCCAGCAGUAUGCGCCAAAGGAUGCCAAGAAGGGCGGCAGCCUGGUGGCCAAGGGCGCCGCGCCCUCCAAGGACCUGGUGAGAGCAGGCAUUGAGAAUGUGCUCAAGGAGGUCUUGGGAGACGACAGCCUUGAUGAUUUCAGCGCCCCGUUGAUGGACAUGGGCUUGGAUUCCCUUGCAGCCGUGGAAUUCCGCAACCGUGUCCAAGCCUCCUUUGAAGGUGUGCGGCUGAGCUCCACAGUGAUGUUUGACUAUCCCACGGUUGCAGACCUCACCGAUUUCAUCUUGUCCCAGUUUGCGCCGGAAGACGAUGCUGCCGCCGUGGGUCUUGGAGACGUCGGUGGUGCUCUGCGGGAGCCCUUGUCCAUGAUUGGCCUCGCGGGUCGAUAUCCUGGCAUGUCGGCUCACAACGAUGUUUCCGAAUUCUGGGCGUCCCUCUGCAGUGGCCGAGAUCCCAUUUCGCAGAUUCCCAUUGAGCGGUUCGAUGUCGAUGAGUUGUAUGAGGAGGACCGGUCUGCGCCGGGGCGCGUGUAUGUGCGCGAGGGUGGGUUCAUCCCAGGCAUCGAGGAGUUUGACGCGGCAUUCUUCGGAAUUGCAGAGCCUGAGGCUAGAUCGAUGGAUACUCACCAGCGCCUGCAGACAGAGACUGCCUACGAAAGCUUCUACAAUGCUGGCUUUACGAAGGAGACCCUCUCAAACGUGGAGUGUGGUGUUUUCAUGGGUUGCUGCACCCUCACCGGCAUCACAGUUGAGUAUGAAGACAUCGGGCCGUUUACCAACAUUGGCUCUGGACUCUCUGGCAUGUCCGGUAGAAUUUCGCAUGCACUUGGUCUUCGGGGCCCUUGCUUCACUAUCGACACCGCCUGCUCAAGUACCUUGGUGGCUAUGGACUGUGCGGUGCAAGCCUCGCGACUAGGCCGCCAGGAGCUGGCAUGUGUGGCAGGGACGAACCUGCAGCUGCGCACAGACAUGUGGGUCGGCUUCUGCAAGAUGACUGGCCUGGCUGGUGACGGACGCUGCAAGACCUUUGAUUCUUCUGCAGAUGGCUUUGGCCGCUCAGAGGGCUCGGGCUCCGUGAUCCUGCGCUUGGCCUCUGCGGCGCAGGCCAAGGGCGAGUCGGCCUUCGCCCUGACGAAGGGCAGCUGCGUGAACCAGGACGGGCGCAGCGCCACCAUCACGGCACCCAGUGGCCCGGCCCAGCAGCGCGCCUUGAGCAACUCGCUCCGGGAUUCGGAGCUCAAGGCUCUGGAGGUUUCGCUGGUGGAAUGCCACGGAACCGGAACUGCACUUGGAGAUCCGAUUGAGGUGGGAGCGCAGGAGAAGAUCUACGGCAAGGACCGUGCAGAUCAGGACCAGCUCAUUCUUGCGGCUGUGAAGUCGGUCAUUGCUCACCUGGAGGGUGCAGCCGGCGUGGCAGGCCUCACCAAGCUGGUGAAGAUGAUGGAGCACAAGCAGGUGCCGCCGAACCUGCACCUGAAGAAGUUGAAUCCAAAUAUCGAUCUUUCCAACUUUGCCUGUACCAUCCCCGACUGUGUCAUUGACUGGAAUCCCCCGGCCGGUGCCGUUCGCGUGGCCGGCGUCAGCUCCUUCGGCUUCUCGGGCACCAACUCGCACGUCAAUCUCCAGGAGGCGCCCCAGGCCGAGCUCGAUGCUGUGCUGCAAGCCGCCGCCGAGAGGUCCCCACUGGUCUGGUCUCGGAGCGACUUGUCUUACAAGGACUGGGCCAAGCAGCUUUGGUCCACCAUUGCGUGGCAGCCGCUGCCGGCUAGCCAGGCUACUGUGGAUUCCGCCGAAGACUGGCUGGUGCUAGGCGGAGGUGAUCUCGUGUCGACAGCUACGAAGGCGGCCCUGCCGAAGGCCACGCACGUGGACAUGAGGCGACUCGCAAGCGCAAAGGAGGCGGAGAAGCUGCUUUCCGAAAGGACCUGGCAGGUGCUGAUCUUUGCAGAGCCCUUGGUUGCAGAAGACCCAAGGCUGGACGGCCCGACCUUGGCAGCUCUGCUGCGCUUGGUGCAGGCUCUUGCCCAAGAGAAGCGCUCCCUGAAGCUGGUGCUCAUGUCUCUCGGCGCGCAGUCGGCCUCCUCCGGAGCCUCCGGAAUCGGUCGUGGCUUGCUGGGUGCUUCGUGUUGGGGCUUCAUGCGCUCCGUCCGUCUGGAAGUUCCUAGCCUGCAGCUGCGGACCGUGGACUUCACCACGGAUGCAGAUCUCUCCGACUUGCUGCCGACAGAGCUCGCGGCUGCCGGAGACUGGCCAUCGGAUGAGGAGAAAGCCGCCGAGGUGGCAGAGAUCGCUUACAUCCAAGGUGAGCGAUGCACUCCAAGGCUUAAGCUAACACCUGUUACACCUGGCACGCACAAGUUGGAGCCAAAUGGGAGCCACAUGAUCAGUGGCGGUUUCGGUGGCCUUGGCCUCUCAAUAGCACAGGAGCUCGUUGACAUGGGGGCUCAAAGCUUGAUGCUGGUGUCACGCAGCGGGCGAGUCUCCGACGACGAGAAGUUGCAGCAGAUGUUCAAAGAGCUCCAGGCAUCUCCUGCGACAGUCCAUGCAUUGUCCUGCGACGUUGCCGAUGCCACCAAGACGCGUGAGAUGCUAAAGAAGACGAAGUCGAUGGAGGUUCCUUUGCAAAGUGUGGUGCACGCCGCCGGCAUCAUCGACUUCUGCGAGCUCGGCAAUCUGACGACGGAGAGCAUGGACGCGGUCUUCAAGCCAAAGGUCUCGGGGGCCUGGAACCUGCACAGCGAGAUCAGCUCGGGAGAAGUGGACCUGACAGCCUUCGUGCUCUUCUCCUCCGUCUCCUCCUUGGUAGGACUGUCCUCCGGCAUCACGUACUCGACGUCCAAUGCCUAUCUCGAUGGUCUCAGCUUGUGGCGCCGCGCUGCCGGCUUGGCAGCGACCAGCUUGCAGUGGGGUCCAGUUGCCGAUGUCGGCAUGGCGGCCAAGGGUGAAGCCCAUGGUGCAUCGGAGCCUUGGCAGAUGUCACUCGAGGACUCGGCCCUAAAGCUGAUCUCCCCCAAGCAUGUCCGCAAUGCAUUCCACCGUGUGCUCGCGAAGCCUCGCCUGGCACUGCCUCCUGCGCUGCUCUUCGCGAGCAAGCUGACAGCGACAGUCUUGGACGUGGCCCAGGGCGUCUUGGGAGAGACCUUGGAAGAAGAUGCCCCCCUCAUGGAGGCUGGCUUGGACUCGCUCUCCGCGGUGGACUUCAGUUCGUGCGACUGGGUCUCAACUUACACACCAGAACUUGCCGUAAAGGUAGCCAGAGCCAAAGUUUUCGAGAUGCUGAUGUUUGACUAUCCCAGCCCGGGUGCCAUUGCAAAAUACGCUGCGGCUCAGCUGGCACCAUCUGCUGCACCAGCACCGCCUGUCAUCCGUGCACCGGUGGCAGACGAGAGGGGUCCGCUCGCAGCUUUGUCUACUGCAUGCCACUUCCCUGCUGAUGGGGAUGAUUCCCAGACGUUCUGGGCAGCCUUGGUCAAUAAAACAGACGGCGUCACCGAGAUUCCUUACGAUCGAUGGGACGUGGACGAGUACUAUGAUCCUGCUCCCAACACGCUUGGACGAAUGUAUGUUCGUCAUGCUGCAUUCGUGAAGAAUGCUGAGUGCUUUGAUGCCGCGCUGUUCAGUAUCUCGGGCGCAGAGGCUGCGAGCAUGGACCCCCAGCAGCGACUCCUGUUGGAGAUCGUUCAGGAAGGGUUCCAUGCCGCCAAGUCGCUGCUCAGCAUCGGAGGCGCAACAUCACCGCUCAGUACGAAGGACAUCGGAAGUUUCGUCGGUGAGUGCAACAAUGACUGGGGCCACUUCAAGAAUCUCGAGACUGAGAAGAUGAACCCUUUCAGUGGCACGGGCGGUUCCAUGUCCAUCUCCUCGAAUCGCCUUGCGUACGUCUUCGGCUUCAAAGGCCCGAGUGUCACCUCCGAUACGGCUUGCUCCUCAUCGCUGAUCGCCCUGGACAUUGCUGCUGCAAACAUCGGGCGAAGUCGUUGCAUGGCGGCGGUGUCAGCCGGUGUGAACAUGAAUCUGCUGCCCGGGCCAUUCGUGGCAUGCUGCCAGGCCCGCAUGCUUUCAGAAGGCGGCCGAUGCAAGACCUUCGAUGCCUCUGCAGAUGGCUAUUCUCGGGGCGAGGGCGCGGGAACUGUCCUCGUGCGGCGCCUCUCAGAUCUCGGAGACAUGAGCGCAGCUGCCGUGAGUGGCACAGCAGCGAACCAGGACGGCAGGAGCUCCUCCCUGACGGCUCCAAACGGCCCUGCACAGCAAGACGUGAUUCAGACUGCUUGGGCCGAGGCCGGCCUUGCACCAAGUGCCGCGGACUUCAUCGAGACGCACGGCACCGGCACCGGCCUGGGGGAUCCUAUUGAAGUCGGAUCUCUAUGCAACACCAUGGGCCAGAACCGCAGCACUGCUUUGCAGGUGGGAGCCGUGAAGACCAAUGUGAGCCACCUGGAGGGCGCGGCGGGCAUCGCCGGUCUCCUGAAGGCUUUGUCGGCCAUGGUCCACAGCCAAGUGCCCCCAAACCUUCACUUGGCCAGCCUGAACCCCCACAUGGAUAUCGAAGAUGUGAAAUUCAGCUUCCCUACGGAAGCCGUGGUGGAGCUCUCCCGGGAGACGCUUCGCACGUUUGGGCUGUCUUCCUUCGGAUUCGGUGGCACGAACACGCACGUCACGGGCCUCGCACCGGCCGGGGAGAAGCAGCAGGAGCCUGCAGAGGACAAGAUCGUCUUCAACCGCCAGCGGUUCGGUUGGUCUCAGACGAAGCACCCCUUGUCAGUGGCACCGCGCAAAGGUGGCGAGCCGGGACUUCAAGUCUUCUCCGCUCCGAUCAAGGGCAAGGUUCUCGAACUCCUGUCGCACCACAUCAUCUACGGCGAGAUCGUGGUUCCAGGUGCAACGUACAUCGAGAUGGUGAUCGCAACGUCGGCUUUCCGCCUAGGCAUGGAAGGCAGGCGCUUCGCGUUAGAGAACAUCGGCUUCCAAAAUCCCUUGGUGCUCCGGCCAUCCAACGAUGACAAGGUAAAUCCAGAACUGAACCCUGGUGUGGAUCUCUACUUGCAGAUCCAGGAGAAUACUGGCCGCUGGUCCAUGAGCAGCGUGGAGUCCGGCUCGUCCGACGUCAUCAACACGCAUGCUGAGGGCUCAUUGAGCUUUCUGGGACCAAAGGGCUCCUCCAGUGCUGCCGAGCUUCGGCACCUGCCGCUUGAAGAGAUCCGCUCUCGCUGUCCGGAGGAGGUUGAAGACUCCCGCAUGUAUGUGCCCUUUGCGAACAUUGGCUUGCCUUUGCAGCCGCGCUUCCGCACAGUCCGCAGCAUCAAGCGCUCCCAGGACGAAAUCAUCGCAUGGGUGGCCGCGCAAGAGGAUGGCACCAAUGCCGGCUUCAUCUUUGGUCCGGCCGUCAUCGACGGUAGCUUCCAGGCCAGCUGCGCGUUCCAAAACUUGGAGGCGCUGCCCAGCCUCCGAAUUCCGCUGUCCAUCGACCGCGUGCAACUUCUGGGCCAGGGCUUUUCCCCCAAG